AUGAGCGAGAAGGAGAGGACAACGGGGCAUGCCGACGGCCUCCCUGCGAGCGAAGCCGACACACCGACGCGCACCGAGAGCCCAAUUGCCGAUGGGGAGAAGUCGCCAGAUGGGACAGAUGACUCAGGGCCUGAGUUCAAGCGCGAGAUUCAUGGAGUUAAAUGGGCUUUGACCGUUGGCGCCGUUCUUUCCUGCGUCUUUCUGUAUGCCCUCGACACUACAGUGGUCGCAGAUAUCCAGCCAGACAUCAUCGCCUCCCUCGGCGACUUUCCAAAGUUCCCGUGGCUUGCUACGGCCUACGCCCUGCCUUCCACUGCGCUAGUGCUCAUUCAAUCAAAACUGUAUGGACUGUUCGACAUCAAAUGGCUCUACUUUGGUUAUGUGGUUUGCUUCGAAAUCGGCAGCGCGAUUUCUGGCGCUGCUCCUACUAUGGACGCUUUGAUUGUUGGGCGCAUGAUUGCGGGAAUUGGCGGUUGUGGCAUAUACGUUGGCUCGUUGACCUUCUUCAGUGUUGUCACUACUCCCAAGGAGCGUCCCAUCUACAUUGCUCUAAUCUCUCCCACAUGGGGAAUUGGCACGGUCUUGGGUCCAAUCGUCGGCGGAGGUUUCGCAGAGAGUAGCGUCGGUUGGCGGUGGGGUUUCUACAUUAACCUUCUGAUAUUCGCGAUUGCUGCACCCAUCUUGGUUUUCAUCCUGCCUUCGAUCGAUUUCGCCAAGGGUCAAACUACCCAACAGAGAAUGAACAAGAUUGAUUGGCUCGGAUUGGCCGUUUGGACCGGCUGGUGCGUCUCCUUCUUCAUGGCCAUUACAUAUGGUGGAACUCUAUUCGAGUGGCAGUCCUACAGCAUGAUCAUUCUUUGGGUUUUCGUGGGCGUUCUCACGGUCGGAUUCGUCUUGACGCAUAAGCUUCACCCCUUCAUUGAGAAGGACAACCGACUGUACCCCAGCCACAUGCUCAGAAAUUUCAAACUGGGGAUUUUGCAGUUCGCCACUUUCGCCGCCGCGUCAGCCGUAUACAUUCCUAUCUAUUACAUCCCGCUCUACUUUCAAUUCGCCCGAGGAGAGUCACCUGUGGAAGCCGCCGUUAAAUUACUGCCCUUCGUCUUCAUGAUCUCUACGAUUGCCAUCCUUAACGGCAUCUUCAUGUCGAGAUGGGGUUACUACAUGCCUUGGUUCUUUUUUGGCGCACUUUUGGCCGUUGCUGGAGGUGCCCUCAUGUACACGGUUUCGAUUGAUACGAGUACUUCGGCAAUCUACGGUUACAGCGUGCUACUAGGUAUUGGGGGCGGUUGCUUCAUGAUUACCGCUUUUGGAUGCGUCUCGGAUAUUGUCGAACCCAAGGAUAUUUUCAACGCUAUUGGUGUCAUCAGCCUUGUCCAGUGCGUUGGCAUAACAUUCUUCCCCUCUCUCAGUGGCAGCAUAUUCCAGAACCUGGGUGCUAGGUAUAUCUCUUCAAUUAUCCCAUCAGACUUCACUGGCAACCCACGGGUCAUUCUUGCAGGCGCGAGUAGCGUCGAAUGGCAAAGCUUUUCCGAAGAUGUCAGGAUCCGGCUUGCUAACGCCAUCGUCGAUGCUAUGAGCAACAUUUACACCAUGACCAUUGUCGCCUGCGGCAUCACAGCAGUUCUAUCGCCCUUCCUCGGGUUUCGCAAGGUUGGCGCUUAG